AUGAAUUCUCUAGGGGUUUCUAUUAUUGAGGAGCUAGGAAGAGGGACUUCAGGAGUCGUGUACAAAGUGCGAAGCAAAAAUGAUGGGAAAUUUUAUGUCGUCAAAGCAAUAGAUUUAAGCUCGGUGUCGUCGAAAAAAAGCAAGCAAGCUCAAAAAGAGGUAGAAAUCUUGAAGCAGCUCGAUAACUUUCAUAUAAUUAAAUACUAUGCAAGCUUGAUUCAAGAUGAUACCAUGUUCAUACUGAUGGAAUAUGCCGCAUUAGGAGAUCUAAAUACUUUUAUAAAGAGCUCGAAGGAACAAAGAAAGACUAUUGAGGAAGGACAAAUUUGAACGUGGACUUAUGAAAUUUGUUUGGGGAUUAAAUACUUGCACACUCAUAAUAUUAUUCACAGGGAUAUUAAAUGCUUAAAUGUGCUCUUGGAUCAAAAUAGAAGGAUUAAAAUAGGCGAUUUAGGCCUUUCGAAGAUUUCAAACAGAAAAGAGCUGCAUGCUUCCAAUGUGGGGACGCCAUUAUUUCUCAGUCCAGAACAGGUAAGAAGGCAGCCAUAUGGCCAUAAGGUAGAUAUAUGAGGAUUAGGCUGCAUUAUUUAUACUUUGGCAGCACUUGAAGUGCCAUUUGCAGGUGAUAAUAUGAUCACUCUUGGGCUUAAUAUCAUACAUAGUGAGCCAAGACCAAUCCCAGUAAAAUAUUCUCCUAAACUAGUAGAUUUUAUCUCAACUCUGCUUAAAAAAGAACCUAAAGAGAGGCCAGGAAUAUUAGAAGUGAUAAAUCAGAUCCCAAUAUUUAUUAGGAAAGCAUAUAAAAAGCCAAAAUUGCCUGCAGGAGUUUUAACGCCGAGAGAAGCUUUAAUGAAUCAUAAAGACUCUUUAUUUUUCCAAACAAUAGAGUCGUCAUUUUUUCCUAAAAUUGGCCUUCCUCAAAUAGAUAAAGACUCAUUUUUGCAUAAAUUGAAAAAAUUGACCCCAAGUGAUUAUAGACCAUCAAGCGUUAUAUCAAAAACCCCAAUCAGCCAUACUCCAACAUUUAUUAUUACCCCGGAGCCUUCCAGGCUUGCAUCCCAAGUUUCGACAAAUAGCAAAAAAUCGAUAAUUCCUGUCAUAAGACAAAAGACAACCAUAAGAGAUUUAGCAAAAAUACUGUAG